CUUUUAUCAACUAAAUAAAUUUAUUAGUCUAAUGUAAGACAUUUUUUUUGCUUCUCUUUGUUUUAUGUUUUGUCUCUAAACUUGAAAAGUUGAAAUUAGUGCAAAUAACACAAAAUUCCACAAAUUAAAAUUAUACAAAGAAGCUUCUCUUUCUUUUUCAGUUCCACCCUAUUCUAUAUUUCUAUGUUGUUGCCUUUCACAUCUUCAUCCUUAAUCACCAUAAAUAAUUAUAAAUUUAGACAUAAUUUUGUUUAAUUACUUGUUUUCAAACAUCAUUAUGGAAAUUAAUUGUGACCUUCAAGUAGAUGUCAAUGGCCAACAUAUUUUUUGGGUGAACAAGGAAAUUUAUGCUCAAUUUUCUAGUAAGUUGAGCAAUAUAUUUGAGAAAAGGUGCAAAAAUGGUGGCAAGGAGACGAAAGUAAUAUUCCAAGACUUUCCGGGUGGACCGACCGGCUUUGAGCUUAUCACAAGGUUCUUCUACAACAAUGGUGUCAUCGACAUAACUCAUUCGAACGUAUUGUUUCUACAACAUGUAGCUAGAUACUUAGAAAUAAACAAGGUUGUGUUUGGAAGGCCUAGUUUGAUGGAUCGAACCGAGAAAUUUCUCGAGGGAGUCGAUUUAUGGGAUUGGUCCGAGCUUUUACUAGCGUUGACUGACGGUCAACGUUUAUUGAUCGAUAUCAAUCCAGUUUCUUCGGUUCGAAGGUUAGUAGGUGAGUUUGUUGAGAGGCUUGCAUCGCGUUGUUUAACAACACCUUCCUCUUAUUCUUCUAAGUGCUCGAGUUUUCGAUCCUCAUGUGAUUCUAAGAGCACUCUAAUAAGUAAUAAAAGUGGCUAUUUUCGUAUGUUUUGGUGGUUCGAGGAUCUUACAACAACUCUCACUAUUGAUUUGAUUGAGUUAUUGGUAAAGAAAAUGGUGUUAGAGAAAUUCGAUCAUGUUACAAUAAGCAAGUUUAUUUUCUACUAUCAAAGAGUGAGAGUUCUUGGUGUUACAAAUAUAGUUGUAAGGGCUACAAUCGUCGAAAAAUUAAUCAACCUACUUUCUCUCCUUGAUAAGAGGAUUAUUUCAAUCAAGGGAUUGUUUGAGACCUUGAGGAUUGCUUCAAAUUUGAAGCUAACACAACCCUACAAGAGUAAACUCGAGAUUUUAAUUGGUUUGCAACUUGAUCAAGCGACAUUGGAUGAUUUACUUCUUCCAUUUCCUCUAAGAAAAACAAAGAAAUAUACUAUGUACAAUGUGAACAUUGUACUAAGAUUUUUGAAGAAUUUUCUUUUGGAUGGGAACAUAAGUCAUCAUAAGCUUUGCUCAUAUCGAUUGAAAAGAGUAGCGCGAUUGGUGGAUUCAUAUGCUAGCGAAAUUGCACCGGAUCAUCGAUUGAAACCCUCCAUGUUUGUUGCACUUACCAUGGUAAUCCCAGAUUCUGCUCGUGACUCUUGUGACAAGAUAUACCAAGCUAUAGAAAUCUUUCUUGAGGUUCAUCCAAAACUCAAUGAAGAACAAAAAACUCAAAUAUGUGCAGCAUUGAACUACAACAAGCUUUCGCCACAAGUACUAAACCGGCUGUCUAGAAACACUAGUUUUCCGUUGUUAGCAAUAGUACAAGCCGUAAUUCAUCAAAAUCCUACACUAAAACGCUCAAUCAAGGACACUAAUCACCUCAAAGUAUUUAGGAAUUUGAGUUGUAGGGGUCAUGAAGCGAAAUCGUUCACAACUAGGGAUGAAGUUCUUGUCAAAGAGUUAGCCAAGAAGGAGGAGUUUAGAGUGCAUCUACAAGAAAUGGGAUGGACAGUUGUAGAAUUAGAAAAUAUUUUUGGUAAGUUACAAAGUCAUUAUGUCACAAAUGUAAUGACAACACCAAAAGUGUGUUGUGUACAUAAUGUUAAACAUCUCCCAAAGCUUUGUUCAUAAUGGUAAGUGUUAGGAUUAUUAGGACGACUUUAAUUAGUUAUUGUACUUCUUCAUCAUUGUGGUAAACUUUUGAGGCUUGGACCUCAGUAAAUGAAAAGUAUGGCAAGGAAAAUUCCUCAUUA